AUGGGCGCCGCGCUGUCGCUCCCCUUCCUUGCCCUGCCCGCCAUGGGUACAGUAUGGAGCGUCGCCGCCUCCUGCUGUGGCGCGGCCACCUGCAGCGCCGUCAUGGGCUCAUGCGGAGGGAAAUGCGGAAACAGCAUCGCUACACGUAUCGCAUAUGCGCUGAUCCUCCUCGUCAACUCGAUCGUCUCGUGGAUCAUGCUCACCGACUGGGCCAUGAAGAAGCUCUCCAAACUCACCCUGGACUACGUCGACAUCAAGUGCCACGGCGAACAGUGCUACGGCUUCGUCGCCGUCCAGCGCAUCAACUUUGCUCUCGGCCUCUUCCACGUCAUCAUGGCCCUCAUGCUGGUCGGCGUGCGGUCUUCCAAGGACGGUCGUGCGCCCAUCCAGAACGGCUUUUGGGCACCCAAGAUCCUUGGCUGGAUCGCCAUGAUUGUCCUCACCUUCUUCAUCCCAAACUCGUUCUUCAUCGUAUGGGGCAAUUACUUCGCCAUGGCUGGCGCUUGUCUGUUUCUGCUCGUGGGUCUGAUCCUGCUCGUCGACCUGGCGCACAACUGGGCCGAAUACUGCCAGGAGAAGAUCGAACCCUCCGAGUCGAACAUGUGGACUGGUCUGCUUGUUGGCUCUGCUCUUUUCAUGUACUUGGCUUCCUUCGCCAUGACCGUUGUCAUGUACAUUUACUUUGCCAAGAGCGGAUGCGGCAUGAAUCAGGCGGCCAUUACUAUCAACCUCCUGCUUCUCCUCAUCACAUCCGUCAUCUCGAUCCACCCCGCUGUUCAGAACGUCAAUCCCCGUGCCGGCCUUGCACAAUCCGCAAUUGUAGCCAUCUACUGCACCUACCUGACCCUCUCUGCCGUAGGCAUGGAGCCCGACGACCAUCAAUGCAACCCGCUCAUCCGUGCUCGCGGCACUCGUAAAGCCACCAUCAUCAUUGGCGCUAUUGUAACUUUCGUCACCGUCGCCUACACCACAACCCGCGCUGCUACCUACGGCCUCGCUCUCGGCGCCCAGGGCAACUCGUACGGCAACGGCUACAGCCAAGUCGGCGCUGACGACUACGAGCAUGGUCUCGUGACUCAGCAACCCGAGUCCCGCCGCGACAUGCGUCAAGCUGCACUCCGCGCCGCCGUCGAAUCUGGCUCGCUUCCUGCCUCUGCCCUUGACGACUCUGACUCGGAAGACGAGGAUGAUUCACCUUCCAAGGCGCCUCGUGACGAUGAGCGCAAUGCCACGCAGUACAACUACAGCCUUUUCCACAUCAUCUUCUUCCUCAGCACGGCGUGGGUGGCGACGUUGCUGACGAGCAAUUUCGAUGAGAAGGCCAUGACGGACUUUGUGCCUGUAGGCAGGACGUACUGGGCUAGCUGGGCUAAGAUCAUCAGUGCAUGGGUGUGCUAUACGAUUUACGGGUGGAGCUUGGUAGCGCCGCUUGUGCUACCCGAUCGAUUUGACUACUAG